AUGGGCUUACUUGGCAAUUUGAUCAACGAGUUCACCCACCAGGGCCAGAGUGGUAGCGGCGGCCAGCAGGGUGGCUACAACCAAGGUGGCUACGGAGGAAACAACUACAACCAACCUCAAGGCAACUACGGCGGUCCCCAGCAAGGAUACGGUGGCCCGCAACAGGGCUAUGGCGGCCCACAGCAAGGCUACGGUGGUCAACAAGGCUACGGCGCUGGCCAAGGCACACCUCAGGUCCCACCUCCAUGGCGCGCCGUCUGGGAUGACCGUGAGAACCGCUGGCUCUUCAUCAACGAGCAGAACGGUGAACGCACUUUUGAGCACCCUGGUCGCACUGGUGGAUAUGGCGGUGGCUAUGGAAGCAGCUACAAUCAAGGUCCUCCUCAACGCCAGUACGGUGGCUACCAGCAACAGCAGCCUCAGCAGAAAAAGAAUCACAACAUGGCAUACGGAGCUUUGGGUGCCGCAGCUGGACUUGCUGGUGGUGCAUUGCUCAUGCACGAAGGUCACGAAGUCAAGGAAGAUUGGGAGGAAGACAAGUACAGAGCCGAGGCGAAGUUCGACCGCUUCGAGAACCGCGUUGACGACAUCCCUGAGGAUGCAGCCCGCUGGACAGGCCGCAAGGUCGGAGAAGUCGAAGACAUCCCCCAGGACAUUGAGAACGAUUACGACCGCGCCAAGUACGGUAUGGAGAAUCGCUGGGACAACGCCAAACAGGAUGUUGAAGAUAUCCCCGACGACGUUGCUGGCUUCGUUGGAGAAGGUGUUGGCAGGGUCGAGCGCUGGGGAGACGAUGUCGACAGAUUUGGCGACAACAUGGAUAACGCCUACGACCAAGGCAGAGAUGACGAGCGCUACGGGGACGACAAUGAUCGUUGGUAA